AUUGAGUUCUGUUCCAAAAUAUAUUGUUUCCCUUCCCCCAAAAUAACAUAGCGCUAAUUCUAGUAGCUAGGGACGAAGAUAUAGUUUUGCAGUAAACAGGGUUUUGCGGUUCAGGAUGUAUUGGUUCUCUGAAAUGUCCUCUUUUGUUUCUCUCAAUUUUAAACCCACUAUCCGUAUGAGCGUUCUAAGGUAAUCCUUCACUACUACAUUGAGCGGCAGUGUUUAUUGAAGUGCACAAGACAGAUCCUUACACUUGCUUGUAGUAUGUUUUGAAACAAAACCUAAAGAAAGAUCUGGUUUUGUGGACGCGGCACAUAAGUUAAUAUCUGAUGGACUAGAGACUAAAGGGAUAUUUACUCUAGAGGACAAUCUGAUGUUGAACUUUCCAGAGUCGAUGGAAAUUGAUUUCUACACUUUAUGGGCUGAAGAGAUACUUACCGAGAAUAAUCUGAUCUUGGACAUCCCUUUUCUUAUAUUUUAUGAGUUCUGCACGUGCAAUGGCAAGCAAUGGAGGAAAUUAUGUUUGCUUUAUGAGGGUAUAAUUUUGGGUUCCUAUAAUUUUGGGAGGUUAGCUAUAUCAGCAGAAUCAUUAUCUUCAAUUAGUCAUUCCAAAGUACAGUUGCUGCUUAUUCUCAUAGAAACUUUGAACCUGGAAAAUCUUCUUCAAAUGGUUCAUGAUGAAAUUUCAUUCAGGGGCAUUUGCGCAAGUCCACAAAACAUUGCCUACUCCUGCCAAACACUCCGGCCGAUUCUGCUCAAGUCUAGAAAGCAACCUCACCUAUUCGGCUCUCUCUCCAUUUGAAAGGUUUCUGGCUUCAACGAUUUCAACUUAUGGUUGUAAAGUGAAUUUUAGAAGAGGUGAUUCUGAGAGCAUCUUUGAAAGCAGGCUGUAAAGUGAAUUUUAGAAGAGGUGAUUCUGAGAGCAUCUUUGGUUCUUUCAAUCAAAACAUUCACAAGCACACACCACGUGUCUUUGCAUAUUAGCUUUGGCACUACUAUUUUAUAACUUUAUGGCUUUUACUGAUUGCUGUUGCUUAUUUGGUCUUGAUAUAUAAGCGUUGACAUGUAUAUCACAAGAUGAUUUUUCGUUUAAUCUGGUGUUUCUGCUUUUCGUUUCUUUUUAUUUAGGGGUUUUUGUGGUUCUCUUAGCUUCUUUUAAUCUUCUUCAUUUUUAGUAGGCAAUCCUUAGAAUGUUUUUUACUUACAGUCACUAAAAUUUGGUCACAGGUUCUUUUUGUUUAUUAUGAAACAUGAUGGCCAUUAUAUCAUAAUUUUGCAGGAAAAAACUAGCAGAGGACACUUCGGAUAAGAGUUUUGAAGUUUGGAAUUGCUCAUUAAAUUGAUGAGAGUUAUGUUAUUUUAAAUUUCCCCUUAAUAAUGUAUAGUCGGCGCUGAGUUAGCUAGAGCUUUGUAUUAUUGAGAUUUAUCGACAAUUAGAUUAGUUUGAAAAGUUACUAUGUAAAUACUUUGUUUAAGGUACUACUUUAUUUUUAGUUUAAAUUAUAUGAAUUACAUUGACUCAAAUGAUUUAUUGUUUCUCUUGCUAUUUUAAUAAUGCAGGCAUGCAG